AUGACAUCUGACAGCAACCCAUUACCCAAACAAUUUAUCGAUUGAUGUGUGACCUAAUAAAAAAAACACUGUGUAAUUCUUAAAGUGAACAUGUCUUCAAUUAUACAGAGAGACGAUAAUAUACCCCUUGCUGAUGAUGAUCCACAAGUAAUCAUUACUGAUGAGGUGGACAACAAUCGCUUAGACCAUGGUCGAUCCAUGGAUUCUUUGCCUAGCUCUUACACGGGUGGUUCAUCCAGCCCCGGACUUAAUGGACCUCCUAGCUUCGAUCCAGAUUCAGGAAUAGACGAACAAGAAGAAAAAGCACGUCUAAUUUCACAAGUAUUGGAACUACAAAAUACUCUGGAUGAUUUGUCCCAGCGAGUGGAUUCAGUAAAAGAAGAAAAUCUGAAACUUCGCUCAGAGAACCAGGUUCUUGGGCAAUACAUCGAGAAUCUUAUGUCUGCAUCAUCUGUGUUUCAAUCAACAACCAAUGUUCACAAAAAGUAAAUGAAUGAUACACAAAAAACGGUAGAAAGAAAUUUGACCAAAUCCAACUAAACAUAUGACUGAGUGUGGAAAAAAAUAAUAUACGGGGUACAUAGUACUGUUGUGUUGUAAUAGGCAAUUUUCUUUCUUACCAAUUUGUUCAAGCACCAACAGCUUACAUGCUGCCUGAAGAAUGGCACAAAAAUGUGGAACAAGCUUAGCUUUUAAAGCAUGUUGUAUGUUCACAAGUUUAAUGAGGUAGUUAAGGUAAUAACUAGCUAGUAAACACUAUAAUAUUCAUAGUUAAUGUAUUAAUUUAAAAUUUAUGUGCUUUAUGUGUGGAAAUGAAGAGCUCUUUUAAAAUUAUCUAAAACAUUCGUGGAAAUGGUUUAUUACACAUGCAUUUGUAUACAUUCCAAUCUUAUGAUAAACAGGUUCAAAUGUAAACAAGUAAAUAGUAAUGCUCUCUCAUUGUAAUCUCAAUUUGUAUUAAAUAUCAAUUUCUAUUUAUAAUGUGAAUGAUGUUUUUUCUAUAGCUUUUAAAUAUAUUUAUUAAACUCAAAA